UGCAUUUGUUCAUUCAGUGGAGAACAUGAAGCGAUUUUUCAUAGUCACCUUAAUCUUUGUGCUCCUCAAGAAUAUUCUGGGAGCACCAGCAGCUCAUACAGAGUUGGAUCCCGAACUAAUUUCAGGACAUACGGAAGGUGACAUGGUGCUCAGCAGUGAGCAGCGAAAUGGAUUGCGAGAUGGAACUUAUCGCUGGCCCGAUCGGACUGUCUAUUACUACAUCAAUAAAAACAUUGAUCAAGCUCACCGCAAUCACAUACUUAUCGGUCUUCGUACUAUCGAACUGAACUCUUGCCUCAUCUUCAAAGAGGCUCUAGUAGAUCAGAAAUACUAUGUAAAUAUCACCUCCGAGCCUGGCGGCUGUUUUACUGCUGUGGGCUUCCAAAACCGAGUCCAACGAAUGAAUCUGCAAAACCACGAUCUUGAUACGGGUUGCUACCGCAUGGGCACCAUAAUGCACGAGAUGCUACAUGCCCUGGGCUUCUAUCAUCAACAGAGCUCUUCGGACCGUGAUGAUUAUGUGCGAAUUGUCACAGAGAAUAUUGUGGAAGGUAAAGAGCACAACUUCGAUAAGUAUGAUGAGGGUAUGGUUGAUAACUUUGACCAGACUUAUGACUAUGGAAGCGUCUUGCACUACACUCCUUAUGGCUUCUCCAAGAAUGGUGAAAUGACCAUUGUGCCACUGAUAGCUGGCGGUGAUAAGAUCAUGGGGCAGCGACUGCAAAUGAGCCAAACGGAUAUCAACCGAUUAAAUGUUAUGUACAAGUGUCCAUUGCAUGUAUAAAACUUUACUUAUAUAUUUAUUCAAAAUAUAGUAUGCUACUUAAUAUUGUUUA